AUGGGUGUACAAGGUACUAUCAUUUGGUCAUCAUCCAAAGAUAUGGUGAACCAAUGUCACGGUAUAGGAGAUUAUGUCCUCAAAUAUGUUGGUCCAAAAGUGGUGGAAUUGAAAACUUGUGACAAAAUUAGAAGAAUUAAGAAACGUCAAAUACCUGAUCAAAUUUCUUGCGCAGUGAAAAAUGACCCAGCAUACGAUAACUGUCAAAAUGCAAUGACAUCCAUUAAUAAGCCUGCAAUAACCGCCAAGUAA